UGCAUUUAAUUGACACUUGCAAAUAUUCUAAUAACAAUGAAGAUCUCUUCCACCAGUUUGAGCCUAUCCGCUGUAGCUGCCCUUUUGUGCAUCUCCAGUACAUUUGUCAAUACAGCUUCUGCUUUGUCUCUUACAAUUCGCAAUGAUGUUGCCGGAAACUCUAGCUCUCCAAUUUUGUAUGGUUUCAUGUAUGAAGAUAUUAAUUAUUCUGGCGACAGUGGUCUUUACGGGCAGAUGCUUCGUAAUUGGAACUUCCAGGCCGGAGACACUGGAGGAGCUGCUGAUCUUUCCCACUGGAGCCUAGUAAAGCAAAAUACUGGUUCAGCCACUAUCACGCUGGAUACCGCAAAUCCUCUCAAUUCGAUCAACAAGAACUCGUUGCGUCUUGAUGUCACGACUUCGAGCGCAAGUUCUCGUGUUGGCUUUUCCAAUGAAGGCUGGUGGGGUCUUAGAGUCCAGCCAGGAGAAUCCUACACCGCUACAUUCUUCGCAAAGGCAACCUCGGGUUUCACUGGCCCACUCACUGUAUCUAUUGAGUCCAACUCGGGCACCGUCCUUGCUAGCGCUUCUGUUUCUGGUCUGACCGGAGCUUAUCAAAAAUUUACUGUAACCCUCAAGCCUUCCGUAACCACUACAACCAUUACCAAUAAGUUUGUUGUGUCUGUGGCUUCUUCAGGUGCUGUUGGAAAAUCUGUUUGGUUUGAUGUGUUCUCGCUUUUUGGAAAGACCUAUAAGGACAGAGAAAACGGUAUCCGUUCUGAUAUUGGUAAUGUUCUUGAAGCCGUUCAACCUUCGUUCUUCCGUUUCCCUGGUGGAAACAAUCUUGAGGGACAGUCAAUUCCUCAGCGCUGGCAAUGGAAUGAAACAGUUGGUCCUCUUGAGGAGCGCAAGGGUCGCUUUGGAGAUUGGAGUUACUGGAACACCAAUGGACAAGGUCUCUUGGAUUAUGUUUACAUGUGUGAAGACAUGAAUAUGGUUCCUGUUCUCGGUGUCUACGCUGGUUACUCUUUGGAUACGUCCAGUGUUCCCGAAGCUAAUUUGGGGCCAUACAUUCAACAAGUCUUGGACGAACUCGAAUAUUUGAUGGGUAGUACUUCCACCACUUACGGCAGUCUUAGAGCAAAGCAUGGUCAUCCAGAGCCCAUUGAUAUCCCAUACAUUGAGAUUGGAAAUGAAGAUUUCUUCAGCACAACCUACGACUAUCGUUACAAAGCCUUUUAUGAUGCUAUUAAGAAGGUCUAUCCUGACAAGAAGUUUAUCUCUACAGGUCCACAAACAUCAAGACCUUAUGACCUUUUGGACGAUCAUUUUUACUUGACAUCAAAGGAAAUGAUUGCCUUAUUCAAUCAUUAUGAUAAUUAUGCUCGUGGCGGAUCAGAUAUCUUUGUUGGUGAAUUUGGUACAAACUCGCAGGGAUGCUGCGGUGCUUCUGCUGCAAAUUUGGAUGCUGCUUUAGCAGAUGCUGUAUUCAUGACAGGUUUGGAGCGUAACUCCGAUUUGGUCAAGAUGAUUGCCUAUGCUCCUCUUUUGAACCGUGAUGGUCAGACACAGUGGAACCCUGAUCUUGUUGGCUUCAACACAGAAAUCGUCUGGGGUACUCCCAGCUAUUAUAUUCAACUCUUGUGGAGUGCCAACCGUGCCGACACUAUUCUUCAAGUGGACGCCUCUAAUGGUGGUUUUGGUCCUCUUUACUGGGUCGUUGGUUCGAAGGAGUCUACUAAGCAAAUAUUUGUAAAGAUGGUCAACACUGGUAGCUCUUCCCAAACCAUCGGUAUUAAUCUCAAAGGUGCCAGUGUUCAUUCCCAGGGAGUUGCUCGCGUAGUGUCUGGUGGAUUGGAGGAUACCAACUCUGCUAGCUCUCCAAAUACAGUAGGAAUCAAAGAAUCUGUAUUCUCUCUUACGUCUGCGACUGGUUUCAACUACACAUUUGCCCCCUAUUCUGCUACAGUAUUGCUUUUGCAUCGCAUGUAGUUUAUUUCCUGGAAUACUUCCUGAAAAAUAUACCGACUAUUUAUUCUUCUAUCUGCUUAAUUAAUUAUUUAUUUAUUAAAGAAACUUUAAAUUUCUAAAGCUUCCAAAAAAAGUGUGUUUCAAAAUCAGUAAAGAAACUGAGGGAAUGUUAUAUAAAAAAAAGGAAUUUUAAAUUGUAUUUCUUAUUUUCAAACAUGUAGAUAUCAUCUACUUUAAAAAAUAAACAAGAAUAUGUCUCUUCUAUU